AUGGCGACCACAUUGACUGACGACAAGCGACCUCAAUUACAGCCUGUUUGCCAAAAUUGCGGCACCUCUACCACGCCCCUGUGGCGUAGGGACGAACUCGGUUCAGUCCUCUGCAACGCAUGUGGACUGUUCCUGAAACUGCAUGGUCGACCUCGUCCGAUAAGCUUGAAAACGGAUGUGAUUAAAAGUCGCAAUCGCGUGAAGACCGGCCAGGGCCCUAAGCGCAAGUCAGGCGGCCCUGUCGAUACCAAUGGCAUUCCGCCGCGAUCUGAGGCGGGAACUCCUCCUCCCCUCGGCUCGCAUGGAUACCGUCGUGCGUCGCGCAAGAUGUCCUCGGGUCAUUCGGAUCGUUCCAACUCCCCCGUUUCCCGGACCGAGACACCUGGCUUUGGCUCGAUGCACGCGCACAACUCGAAUAUCGCGCCGCAGCACAUGUUCGACAGCGUCACCCUAGGCGAUAGCAUGAACUCCUCCAGCAGCCUCCCCUCCCGCCAGAUGCGCCAGCCCUCUCCCUCGGCAGUCGACCGCCAACUCGAUUCCCCCCACACCUAUGAAAGUCUUCUGGCUCUCAACACAUCCCUGAAGACACGCGUCAGUGAACUUGAGUUCGUGAAUGAGCUCUUCCGCGGUCGCGUGACCGAACUCGAGCAGAGUGACGCCAGCGCGCGUCGGUCGGAGAUGAUUGUACGAGACUCCGAGGUUCGUCUGAGACGGUCUCUGGAGGAUGCUCAGCGCCGCGAGGAGGAUCUCAAGCGUCGUAUUAGCGAUCUCGAGCGCCAGCUCGGUUCUAGCGGCGCUGGUGACGCCGAGUCCGGCGAGCCGCUCGCAAAAAAGAUUCGCCUGUCGGAUGUUGUGGAAUCUGGCGAGGAUGUACUAGUCAAGUCUCCCAAGAGCGUUUAG